AUGGUGUUCAAUUUAUCGGAAUUUGGGGGUAUGGGAAGUAUUGGCAGGACAACAAUUGCACGAAUUGUUUUGAAAACGUUUUCGAGCCAAUUUGAAGGAGUAUGUUUUCUUGCAGAUAUUAGAGAAAGCCAAGGCAAAAUGAGUGAAUUACAAAAGACCCUUAUAAAAACAAUCUCAAAUGGACCAGUAGAUAAUAUAAGCAAUGUGCAUGAUGGAAUGGAUAUGAUAAUGACAAGGUUUAAAGAGAAAAAAGUUUUGAUUGUUCUUGAUGAUGUAGAUCACGUGGGACAAUUACGGAAAUUAGCCGGAGAUUAUGUUUGGUUUGGUGGGGGUAGUAGAGUGAUUAUAACUACAAGAGAUGCGGGGGUAUUGCGUUCCCAUGGAGUUGAUGAAAAGUAUAUAUAUAAAGUAGAAACGUUGAGAGAGAAGGAAGCUAUUCAAUUGUUUAGAUCGCAUGCCUUUAAACAGAAAGCUAAAACUGGCGUGGAAGAACUGUGUGGACCAGUUGUGCAUUAUUGUAAGGGUCUUCCACUAGCUCUUAAAGUUUUGGGGAGUUCUCUUUGUGGACUAGAGGCUAUUGAGUGGGAAAGCACUUUAGAGAAACUCAAGGACACCCCAGAUGAGUUUUGA